CUUUCACAAUCAACCGCCAUCAUAUUCUGUCUUUCUUCUUAGUACUCAUCAGUCAUCAGUUCACGGGACUGAUAUACAACUCUAGAGAGAGAGGAAUGGAGAGGAGAGGAGAGGAAAAAUGCAAGCCUCAAGCAAUGGCAUAGAGGAAUUACAUAGUAAGACAUAAAAGAUUGCUAUUGUGAUUAACCCAAUAGGGUACCUAUUCUUUGGGUUCAAUGGAAGAUGGUGACUGGGUUCUGGUGCGACCGCCUGUAGAGAAAGAUUUUUAGAACCCCAGAGAGAGAGAGAAGAUCGAAAGAUUGCAAGCCUGAAGCUACAGGCAUAGAAAAAGCAUACAGUGACAUUCAAAGAUUUUGGAAAGAAAAAGGUAGACUUGAAAGAUUGCUGUUUCAAUUAGCCCAGUUGGGUAUCUUUUCUUUGGGUUUCAAUGGAAGAUGGUGGCUGGGUUCUGGUUCAACCACCGACGGAGAGAUAUUUUUGGAACCCAAGUUUGGUAGAAACAGAGACUUCGAGGCCACUCAAGGUAAGGUUCAAUGAGCCUGCAAAGCACUGGACCGAUGCUCUUCCCAUUGGUAAUGGCCGUCUUGGUGCUAUGGUUUGGGGUGGUGUUGCAUCUGAAACUCUCAAUCUCAAUGAGGACACUCUUUGGACUGGGGAUCCUGGGAAUUACACAAACCCUGAUGCUCCGGAGGCACUAUCAGAGGUCAGGAAACUUGUAGAUGAUGGCCAAUAUGCCGAAGCUACUACUGCAGCAGUCAAGUUAUCCGGAGAUCCUUCUGAUGUUUACCAGCUUCUGGGUGAUAUGGAGCUGGAAUUUGAUGAUUCUCAUGGUGCAUAUAGUGAAGAAACGUAUCAAAGAGAGCUGGACUUAGAUACUGCAACAGUUAAAGUCAAAUAUUCAGUAGGUGAAGUAGAAUUUACGAGGGAGCAUUUUGCCUCAUAUCCAGAUCAAGUGAUUGUGACAAAGAUUUCUGGAAGUAAAUCAGGGUCACUUUCCUUUACUGUAUCUUUAGACAGCAAGUUACAUCAUCAGUCUCACGUAAAUGGCAGAAAUCAGAUUGUCAUGGAAGGAAGUUGUCCUGGUAAAAGACUUUCUCCAAAAGCAAAUGAAGCAAACAAUCCUAAAGGAAUUCAGUUCUCUGCAGUUCUUGAUUUGCAGAUCAGUGAUGGUGUGGGUGCAGUGCAUGUUUUGGAUGACAGGAAGCUAAGGAUUGAGGGUUCAGAUUGGGCUGUUAUGCUUCUGGUGGCAUCAUCCUCGUUCGAUGGACCGUUCACUAAGCCUUCGGAUUCAAAAAAAAAUCCUACAUUGGAGUCCCUAAGCACUUUGAAUUCAAUAAGAAAUUUAUCAUAUUCUGAACUUUAUGCACACCAUUUGAAUGAUUAUCAAAAACUUUUCCAUCGUGUCUCGCUGCAGCUUUCCAAAAGCUCUGAGAGCAUAACAACAGAUAUGCCCUCUCUAAAGGACGUAGAUCUGGAAGUUACUGAAGAUAAGACAGUUUCAACUGCAGAGAGGGUGAAAUCUUUUCCAAAUGAUGAAGAUCCCUCAUUAGUGGAGCUUUUAUUCCAGUAUGGUCGAUAUCUGCUUAUUUCUUGUUCACGGCCUGGAACUCAGGUGGCAAACCUGCAGGGGAUAUGGAACAAGGAUAUUGAGCCACCAUGGGAUGGUGCUCCUCACUUGAAUAUCAAUCUUCAAAUGAACUAUUGGCCUUCCCUUCCUUGCAACCUUAAAGAGUGCCAAGAGCCUUUAUUCGAUUACAUGUCCUCCUUGUCGAUCAAUGGAAGUAAAACUGCAAAAGUGAACUAUGAAGCACGUGGUUGGGUUGUACAUCAGGUGUCUGAUGUAUGGGCAAAAACAUCACCAGAUCGCGGUCAGGCUGUGUGGGCUUUAUGGCCAAUGGGUGGAGCAUGGCUUUGCACCCAUUUGUGGGAGCAUUAUACUUAUACAAUGGACAGAGAUUUUCUAGAACACAAGGCGUAUCCCUUGUUGGAAGGAUGUAGUGCAUUUCUGUUGGACUGGUUGAUUGAAGGCCGGGGAGGAUUUCUGGAAACCAACCCAUCUACCUCUCCAGAACAUACUUUUUCUUCUCCUGAUGGUAAGCCUGCUAGUGUUAGCUACUCCUCAACCAUGGACAUGUCGAUUAUUAAAGAAGUGUUCUCUGCCAUUGUUUCUGCUGCUGAGGUGUUGGGAAAGAAUGCAGACAAUUUGAUUGAAAGAGUUCGCAAAGCUCAAGCACGGCUUUAUCCAACAAAAAUUGCUAGGGAUGGUUCCAUCAUGGAAUGGGCACAAGAUUUUGAGGAUCCAGAGGUGCAUCAUCGACAUGUAUCACACUUAUUUGGCCUGUUUCCAGGACACACAAUAACUGUAGAGAAAACUCCUGAUCUAUGUAUAGCUGCAGACAAGACCCUAUAUAAAAGAGGGGAUGAUGGGCCAGGAUGGUCAACUACAUGGAAAACUGCUCUGUGGGCACGCCUUCGUGACAGUGAGCACGCUUACAGGAUGGUGAAGCAUUUAUUUGAUUUGGUGGAUCCUGAUCAUGAAAGCAAUUUUGAAGGAGGACUUUACAGUAACCUAUUCACCGCACACCCACCUUUCCAGAUAGACGCCAACUUUGGUUUUUCUGCAGCAGUAGCGGAAAUGCUUGUCCAGAGCACAAUGAAGGACUUGUACUUCCUUCCCGCUCUUCCAAGAGAUAAAUGGGCGAGUGGCUGUGUGAAAGGAUUGAAGGCACGCGGUGAUGUUACAGUCAACAUCUGCUGGACUGAAGGAGAUCUCCAUGAAGUUGGUAUUUGGUCGAAGAAUCAGAAUUCUACUAGACGAUUACAUUAUAGAGGAUCUACAAUCACAACACAACUGUCGGUGGGCAGAGUUUACACGUUCAAUCGCCUGUUAAAAUGCGUUAAUUCGUACCCUUUGUGAGAAGAAGCGGCUUUUCUUUCAAGUCUCAGAUCAAAAUGAUCUUAUGAAGAGCAUUAUUUUUCUUGGUACAAUUAGAUUUCCAAAGAAUAUCCUCCCUUUGUUCUAUCUUUUUGCUUUCCCUUUGCUCUCACUAAUCUUUUUCCACUAUUGAUUCAUUCACCUCCUACCUUUUGGAUGUCUACGAUGGUUUUGACUACUUGCUGUUAUUUGUCUUGUAUCCUUAUGAUGCAGAAUUGUAAGUGGAAUAAAUAAUUUUUUGUUUUAUUCAGAAACUAUAAUUGCUUCUCGGGUACUUGUUUUUGUUAUAGUAUGGAGAACUAUUCUGCCCAAAAUAAAUUUUAAAUGUUUGCG